AUGCGUCUUAAAACAAUAUUCUCUAUAGGAUCUAUUGGCAUCAAAUAUGCAAAAAUAAUGGGCUAUCGUGUUAUCGGCAUUGUAGCGGAAAAGGACCAGGCUGCAGCCAAUCUGGCGCUUGAAAUGGGAGCUGAUGAAGUAAUUGUUACAUUCCGUUCUUUGAUUCAAUCUUUAGUUUAUGAUGGUCCUAUUGAUCAACACAGCAACUUUGUCAAAGGAAAAACAAAUGGAGGUGUUCAAGCAUCACUCGUUACUGUUCCUCUUAUUUCUGUAUACGAACAAGCAUUACAAUCAUUGAAACGAGGCGGUCGUCUCGUCAUGAUUGGUUUGACAAAAGAAAAACUUUCAGUAACAGUGAGCGAAUGUAUAAGUAAACAGAUUCAAAUUGUAGGCUCAUUAGUUGGCACGCGAACCGAUCUUCAAGAAGCACUCGAUAUGGCGCAAAAGUAUAAGAUUGAAUGCAAAGUACAAACAUGUCAACUUGAACAAAUCAAUGAAGUCUUUGAUGAUAUGAGGAAUUGUCGACUAAUAGGCCGUAUGGUCAUCGAUUUUACUACAAAUUCGAAAUAA